CUGGGUGAUUUUGGGACCAAAAAUGUGUAUGGGGUACUUUCUUUUACAUUUUAAGUGAAAAUUAUAUUUAUUUUUUACAGUUGACUUCUUAGAUGUAUCGGUUUGUUGCCAAUUGAAAUCAUCAUCUACCUAUUUACUUCAAAAGGGUAAGGGCUUUGCUGAGUAUUAUUGUUUCUAGGUGUCAUUACUAUUACAAAGGUAAAGUGGGGAAAUUCCGGGGUGAUUUCAAGAAAGGAAAGAAAUUUGACCUCUUGUUUUGUAAUUGAGGUUAAGUACAAAACUGUCGUUCAAUCAACAAUGAGACCAGUCUCACUAGACUCACUUAUAUAGCCAAAUAUGUAUAUUUCUUAAUACUAUUAGGACUACAAUGAAUUCAGGCCUUAUAAAUACUGAGAAUACAUGGUGUUUACAAUCAAUUAGCUGUACAUACACCAAGUGACAGUAGUUAUAGAUGUCAGUUUGAUGUGGCUGUUGCUGUGAUUUUCAAAAAAUGGGUUUUGGUUGAGUAUGACUUUGGUUGAAAUUUGAAAACAUAAUUUCAAAUGUGGCCGCGGGGAGACAAUGGCAGUGUUAAAGAUGUGGAAAGUAGGUGAUUUAGAUUUUCGACCUUUCAUAUCUUUGUCUCUGAGUUUGUUAUUGACAUAACAGUCAAACAUCACAAAGAUUGCCAAUAUGUUGUGUUUUGUUCAUUCAUUAUUUGACAUAUUUCCUAGAUGAAGAUAUUCCCAAAGGCAUCUUUGUAUGUUCUCAUUUGGUUGUUCUCGGUAUUUAGACAUAAAUUUAAGGUUUAUGAUUUUAUCUGGUACAAAAGCUUUCCGGGGUCAUUUUUCUUAAAUUGUCGUCCUAAAUUUUAUAAUCAGGGAAGAAAUGGCCGAGCCUUUCUGUUUUCCCAUGCAAUGAAUGUUGUGACGGGGCCAAAAGAAGACAGGCAUCUAUUGACUGGCCUCCACACUGUUGCUGAUGUUUAUUGUGGUGAUUGCCGUGAAGUGUUGGGUUGGAAGUAUGAAAGAGCUUAUGAAGCGUCCCAGAGGUACAAGGAAGGAAAGUUCAUACUUGAAAAGUCAAAAAUUGUUAAGGACAACUGGUAGCAUUACACCGUAACCCCAAUCCAUUCAUUCUGCUCUUCAUGUUGCCUCUUUCAUGCUUUGUGGUGUAAUCUUGUAUAGGAGAACCUUCAACCAUUUGAAAAUUGUCAUUGUUUCCCCACCUUUAAUUUCCUCAGGUUAUGGCCAGAAGUGAAAUUGGUAUAUAAACUGUUUAUUCCUUGUUAAUAGUAUUGUGUAUUCAUUUCUGCUCUAUGGAUAUCAUGGCAUGGUUACAGAUUUCUUUUUGGGGAGUCGAACUUUGCUGACAGGCAAAGUUUAUUACUCAGGUUAUGGCUUGAAUCUCUUGGAUAUAAAGUAAUAGAUCUUCUUAUGAUUAAAUUUGAUAUUUGGUAAUAGCACAAAUUGGCCAGCUUCAAAGUUUGGCUUUUUGUAUGGUCCCUUUCCACGAUUGAUGUUGUCAUUUUUAAGUUCUGCUUCAAUUUUUCAAUUAUUGUAAGCUGUUCGUACAUAACAGAAUAUAUGUUAUUCUGCUUCAAUAUUUCUCAUUCAUGCAUUCAGUUCUCUUGACCAUUUACAAUGUUCCGAAUUUUUUGUUUUUUUGAAAGGGUAAGGAUAAAGCUUUUAUUAAGAAUAUUA